AUGAAGAACGAUGCCUCGGCUAUUUUCAUUGUGGCUGCGGUGUUUUACGUUGCUCAAACGCUAAAUGUGACUCUUGAUUUCGGCAAAGCUGUUAUUGUAAUCAUUUUGACAACUGCCUAUGUCACAGCCCUGCCAAACGUUCCCAGUGCCAGUGUGGUUGUUGUCAUUACGAUUCUGAGCUCCAUCGGUCUGGACCCGGGGGGAGUUUCUCUUCUCUAUGCUGUCGAGUGGCUUAAUGAUCGUCUGCGCUCGGGAAGUAUUGUCUUCUCCCAUAUAUCCUGCACCGCUUUUGUGUAUCACGUCUGUGAAAAGGAUCUCAAGGAGGGAAGAAAGGGAGACGAAGUGUUUGAAAACGAAGAGAAAACACAUGUCACGGCAUUUUGA